AAUCUAGUAUUCUUUUGAAACAAUUGUCAGUUUUUCAUUCAUUUUUACCCUGGAAGAAUCACACAUCAUGAGUCACAAUCCGGUGAAGCAAAAUCCUCGACGUUCACCUCCCACACGGAUUUCUUCCUAUUCGAAUAUUCCAAGACCUACGUCGAAGCUUGAGACAGUUAAAAUUUCUAGUCCCAAACAAUCCACCCCACGAGUGAUAUUGGGUGCAGAUGGUCGCCCCUCGAAGGCCACUCCUGCCAAGCAGGAAGCAACCGUCCAGAAACAGCGGAAUGUCAUCAUAGAAGAACAUAGCACCGAUAAUGUUGCUGUGGUUCCUGACGUCUUACCACUGCAUCAGAUCGUUCAAAGGCUUCCGCCUAUGAUUGCGUUUUCCAUAGACCAGAGAAAAGUUUUCAAAGAACUGCUUAACACAGACGCUGACGUUACCAUCACGAGUGGUGUGCAAUCAGAAUUGAGCCAGGCAAACACAACAACUCAGGCAACGUUGUUCGAAAUUUCCAACGCCAGUCAGGAGGAUCAGUCUCGAUUUUUGGUGGGUGACAACACUGCCAUCGAUGCCGGUUUGGAGACGCUUCCCAGCCAGGCUGUGUUCAGUGUCGUUCACGAUGAAGAAAUGCUGCCGGAUUCUUCCAAAGGUGAUGGACAGCGGCUUAGAAAGUUAACUGCCAGUAGCAGUUUUAUGAACAUUUGUGAAUCGGAUAAAAAGAAGCAGGAAGGCAAGCGAGCUGGAAUACCAUGGUGUUGGGUCGCAGGCAUAUUGUUGAUGUUUAUAAUCACGAUUUUUAUGCUGUGCCUACCGUUGAUAUUACUAACGUAUCGGGUGGAGUUUUUGGAGCGCAGCGCGGAGCAGUCAUUUGGUCGAAAUUUGCUUCUUUGGAUAUUUACUAAGUGGGAACAAGUUAAAGCCUUUCUAACAGCCGAUAUUUGAGAUAUCAUGUACGGAAUAAUAAAGAUAAUUCUAUUUU